AUGCAGCAGGCUUAUCAAGUAGUGCGAUACAAGGCGGGCGAUACGGGUACCUUCGAGGUGCUUACGAAGAAGGGCGCCGCCCUCCAAUUCCGUGAGGGCAAGCUUGGCUUCUCGAAUGUCCUGUUCGCCGAUGAGAUCUACACCAACCACUCCAAGGGCGAGCGUGCCAAGGAGGCCGAUCUUCUGAAGGCAUUCGGCACGUCCAACAUCGAGGACUGUGCCAAGGUGGUGGUGGAGAAGGGUGAACUCCAGCUCACCGCUGCCGAACGUCGCGAGAAGGUGAACAAGCGCAAGGCCGAGAUGAUCAACUACAUCCACAAGUACUACAUCGAUCCGAGGACCAAGACGCCUCACCCGGUCGUGCGCAUCGAAAACGCGUUCGAGCAGAUGAAGGUCAACGUCGACCCCGACGUACCUGCCGAGCGCCAGGUGCAGGAGAAGGUGCUCAAGAAGCUCCCCGAGAUCCUCCCCAUCAAGCGCUCCGAGAUGAGCGGCACCCUCUCCAUCCCUACCAAGGUGAUCGGUCAGGCCAUGGGCACCGUGAAGAAGUACGCCCAGGUGAGCGGCGAGAACUACUCGUCGGGCGCCGCCACCAUGCAGGUCUCCAUCGUGCCCGGUGACUACGACGCGUUCAUGACGGACCUUAGAAACGUCACCAAGGGCGAGUUCACGUUUGAUGUGGACGGCCAGUCGGUGGCGACCAUGGAGGAGGAGCCCGGCGCCGGGGCCAAGGGCGGCAGAGGUCGCGGCGGCAAGGCUGCCCGUGGCGGCGGCGGACGUGGCGGCCGUGGCCGCGGAGCCAAAUGA